GUCUGGGCUUGUAGGCAAAAGUUCUCUCACCCUCCCCGUCUUCGAUCGUGGAUGCGUAGAUUCGCAGUGAGGGGUCCUUUUUCGACGGUAGAUCGGACGAGAAGGACACACAGUCUUUGUGAAAACCCCGACGUUGUUGGCAGUGAUCCCUGUUAUUCCUAAUAAUAAUUUGAAGCUAUCCAACUGUGCACCCUUCAUUCGCUUGUUUACCUUUUUUUUUCUGUUGAUGCGCACUUGGUGUCAACCUAUUCGGUUGUUCUCAAAUUCGUGUGGAAGACGUUAAACCGUUCGUGAUGACGUCACCAAAACAAGUGUUAAAGAGCGUCGGACCAAAAUUAGUCCCGUUCUUCAAGACGCUGGCCAUCUAUUUCGUCGUUUUCAUUCCGGAGGACAAUCCAUCCCUCUUCGCCAUGUUCCUUAAAUGUUUACCGAUCCUAAGUCUCUUACUCUUCGUGCUAAUGCACGGCAUGAGUCUCGGCAAUGAGUACACAUUUUCACGACGCAUUUUGAUCGGCCUGAUUUUCUCCUGCAUCGGUGACGGUUUACUCGUUUGGCGUGAACUUUUCCUUCACGGAAUGGUAGCGUUCGGUAUCGGUCACAUGUUUUUCAUCUCAGCUUUCGGAUUCAAACCGCUCAACAUCCCGCUAGGCAUUCCGAUGUACAUCGCAUCAAUGCUCGGUCUGUCUAUGUGGCUGCCGCAACAAGCACUGAUUUACAAAAUGACUGUCCCUAUUUACACGGCACUGCUCGUGACAAUGGCUUGGAGGGCCACAGCCCGUGUCCGCUUCUUUGAGGAGCUGUGGACUUGGACGAAACUUUGCUCUUGCGUCGGUGGUUUAUUCUUCGUUAUUUCGGACGCAAUCAUCGGUUUACACAUGUUUUAUUCGCCCAUUCCAUACGGCCAGGUGUUGAUAAUGACGACUUACUACGCUGCCCAACUAGGCAUCGCGCUCAGCGUUGUCGAUUCGAAAGCGAGUUACAUCCGUGAGGAAGAAGAAAGCCGGAAGAGGCAGCUGCUAUUGGACGAAUCGGAGCAGGAACAAGGAUCGAUAAUCGGAGAGGGCAUCGACCUCCGCCAAAGACGGCUGGGCACUUUCGGACGUUAAAAAGGGGCAUCUCAUUUGCAUUCCGAAUGCCAACAAAAACAGACGACCUGUGGCAAAAUUUUAAUAGUUCAUUAAUCGUCUAGUCUUUGUUUUCUAGUUGUGAUGUAAUUAGAAUUUACAUUUGCAUGAAAUACUUUACUCUGAUGUAGAUUUCGUGAAUUUGGAUAAGUAACACGUCUGGAUCCAUAGUUCAAUUGUUUGUACCCGAGAAAUUCGAAUCGCUAUUACAAAGGAAGAACUUCAA